AUGCAGUCAGUGACGGCCCAUGUUGGGCCGGUCAUGCAUGUGGUUGUUUCUCAUGAUGGAAGCCGGGUGGCUACGGCUUCGCGCGAUCGCACAGCCAAGCUCUUCGAUCUGCGAGCGGAAACACCCAUCCGGACCCUGAAGGGACACGCGGAUCGCGUCAACGCCGUGUGCUUUAGCAGCAAUGAUCUCCUGUUGGCCAGCUGCAGCAAGGACAAGACCAUCAAGGUCUACAAAGCGAACACGGGGCAACUGGUGCAUACCCUGCGCGGUCAUGGAGGCGAGGUAUUCUCCAUCGCCUUUACCGCUGAUGGGGGCAAACUGAUCAGCAGCGGGGCCGACGCCAACGUCAUUGUUUGGGACGUUGAACGCGCCACCAUCGUGAAGAAGCUGGUCGGCCAUUCGGGCUCCAUCUUUGCCAUUGCUGCUUCACCAGCGGGCCGCCGCCUCAUCGCUUCAGGGGGUGAAGACACUGUUCUGAAGAUUUGGAACGCCAACACGGGCAAGCUCAUGCGCUCGUACGGCGGUCAUUCAGAUGCCAUCACAGGCGUUGCGUUUAGUCCACUUGAUUCGCACCUCGUCGUCUCUGGUGGCCGCGACGGCGUUGUUCACAUCUGGCACGUUGAGCACUCCUCAAUGAUGAAAAUCGUCACCACACAUGCUGAUGCCAUCACCCAUCUCGCCUUUGACCACGGCGGAUGGCUUCUCGCCACGGCCUCGGCCGAUGCAACUAUCAAGGUUUGGCACGUCGAUGACUGCAGCGAGGCCCGCACUUUCUCCGGACAUAAGAGUACCGUUUCUGCUUGCUGUUUCAGUCCCACUCAGCAUCUGCUUCUUUCUUCCUCCUGGGAUGAGUCCUUCAAGUACUGGGAUGUCACCGGUAGGCAUCCCGUGCCCGAUCGCGACGCGCAGCGUCCCUUUAAUGUCGAACAUACAGGACUGUCUCUGCCCUUGCACUUCGUCCUUGCUGAUUGCAACGGGCUGGGGAUUCACACAACUUUUAGGUUUGGAGCGUGUUGGAGACGAGCCUUUUGGCCAAGAUCUUGGCAAGGCAUGUCUCUCGCGUCUGUUCACCGCGCGGCCCAUUCACACAUACGCAUGGACAUCACGUAA